AUGACGCGUAGAGCGAAACGUAAACGCAACAGCCAGAAACCUGAUGCGGACCAAGAUGCCCCGCAGAAUAGCUCUUCGUUGGUUACCCGAAAGCUCCUCGAGCGCUGUUUCCCAUAUGUCCAGACGCUGAGGCAGCAUCUCCUGUCCCAGUUACCAAGUGCCUCAAGACUGCGGAGGAAGAAAAUCACAGCCCUCACAGCCCGCGACGCAUCAAGCAAACUAGAGGGCCGUGUAGCGGCUUUGCUUGACACAGCCCUUGUAUGCAGUCGAUUGCCACAAGCACAGAAAUCUGAGACUAGUGAUAUUCGCUGGGAGCAAUGGAAGAGCUUCUCCCAGAAAGGGGAUGAGUCCUAUGUAUCUAUCUCUGAUACUCGUAGUGCGAAGCAGAGCCAAACUGAGAUUCUCGAGUUUGUCGUCUGGCUGCUUUUUAAUAGAGAGAAGACCACAAACACGCAGCCAUGCCAUGUCCUAUGUAACGGGUUUGACGUAAAACCAGGGAAUGGGGAUAAGGGAGCAACCUCGAUUCCUGGUGUUUACAGCCGAUUCCCAAGCUCAAGUUUCGAAGCCCUCGGGGGAGCGCCAUGGCCUCAAAUUCUUGCCCUCCUAGGCCAGUCUGGGGAACGACUCAUGAUAGAUCUUCUUCUUGAUUACUCCCUUUUUGUCGCUGUUGAUGCUGGCCAUGGGAACCUUUACCAGUUGAGUGGCGUUCCACUCUUCAUGUCCUCUCUCCCUGUCGACGGUCAAGCUGCAACUGUAGCGGAUGCCAAACCAUUUUGUCGUAAACCGGGAGAGAUAACUCUCAUGAGAAACAAAACGUUGUAUGCGAAACCCUCAUUGACUGCCGCGGGCACGGUCCAGACAGGAUUUAGGCAUAUACGUAUGAAUUCCAACCCUACAAAUCUCAAGCCCUUGAGUAUGCUUCUAACCCCUGCAGAUGUUCUGAACCGCUGCCCAUGCGUUAAGCCAGAGGGUGACGAGCCAUCACCAGACGAGAGAGAGCAAAACGAAGCCAACACGACCAAGGUUAUGAUGUACAUGUUCCCGCGCCAGUUCGGAUUGCACAAUGCGUUCACAUCUGAAGUGGACAAGACUCGUACCACGAUGAGAUUUCAAGACUAUACAUACAGGGAAGACGAGAUCAACGAAGCUAUUGGCUUUCGCUCCGAUUUAUCCAAGAAGAUGAAACCUACAAAGUUGCCCAAGCGGCUGAAGGGGAUUGCCAGAGAUUUGGUAACAAAUCUCCAGGUUCGACACAGCCGCUGUGCCUACUUUCAGCUUCUGCGGCACUACUGUCCUUCGGCCUGGGACACGCACCACCCAGCUCAAAAUCUCGCGACUCAAGCCUCGCCCAAGGCACCCAAACAACAGAGGGACGGCCCGAAUAUUGAUGGUGUCGUAUUUCAAGGCACAUCACGACCAAAGCGAGUCGGACACAAGACACAUUCGCAGCCAUGCCAUUCCAAUAUGCCCUCAUACAACACCCUCGUAGAACUCGCUUGUCCGAUUGGCAAUGUCUCAGCAUACUGCCAAGCCGUACUCGCGAAAAUCGUCCCGGACAGGUUUUGGGGGGAGGGUGACACAAUGGUGCAUAAUAAGAGGAUGUUUCGAUCAAAAGUGGACCAUUUCAUUAGACUGAGACGAUUCGAGAUCAUGUCACUGCAUGAGGUUGCGCAGGACCUGAAGGCGAACAUCCCCUGGCUGAGCCUGCCUCACCUCGCUGGUCAGAAGACCAGCCAGACAGAUAUUCUGAAGCGAUACGAGCUAUUUCACGAGUUUCUCUACUAUGUUUUUGACUCACUUCUCAUCCCCCUUAUCAGAAACAACUUUUACGUGACGGAAUCGAACAUCCAUCGGAAUCGGCUCUUCUACUUUCGCCAUGACGUUUGGAGGCGUAGCACAGAGCCUGCCAUGGCGAAGCUGAAAGAAGAUAUGCUCGAACCUCUCAGAUUGGCUGACGCCACACGCAUACUGGACUCCCGACGGCUGGGAUUCAGCCAGCUCCGAUUAUUGCCAAAGACGCUAGAUCUGAGACCGAUCAUGAACCUAGGCAAAAAGAUGCCAGGAAAAGGCCGAUCCAAGACGUUUGGGGCAAGCAUCAACUGGGAGCUAAAACCGAUCCACCACAUGCUCAACGCAGAAAAAGCCAUGAACGCGUCCAAGUUGGGAUCAUCAAUGCUCUCCACCGGCGAGAUCUAUAGUCGCCUCAAAGAAUUCAAGCAAGCACUUGGAAGCGGGGCAAGCUGCAAGCGCUUUUACUUUGUCAAGAUUGAUGUCCAGGCCGCGUUUGACACGAUUCCACAAGAAGCAGUGAUCAAACUGAUGAAUUCAGUCCCCAGCAGGGGACACUACACUGUCGUCAAACAUGUUGAAAUGAUGCCGGAUCCUCGGACAGACUCGGCCAAUGUCAAGGAGAUGAACAAAUCACUUCGAACGUGGCACUUUGCUGCCCUGAAGAAGGGUGAACCCUUCUCGUUGCCUCAACGUAUAGAGGGAAGCAUUGCUGAGAGGAAGGAGAACACGGUAUUCAUCGAGGGGAACCCUGCAAGAACGUACCACACAGCAGGACUCCUCAAACUCCUCGAGGAGCAUGUCUCGCAGAACAUUGUCAAAGUGGGCAAAAGAUUCUACCGCCAAAAGCGCGGGAUUCCUCAGGGGUCGGUUGUAUCUUCAUUUCUCUGCAAUUACUUUUAUGCAGAUCUCGAAGCACAACACCUUGACUUCCUGAACGGCACGGACAGUAUCUUGCUGAGAUUCAUCGACGAUUUCCUCUUCAUCACACAGGACAAGAAAAAGGCAGUCCAGUUUGUCGAGACGAUGCAUCGAGGUGUGCCAGAGUACGGUGUUGAAGUGAACGCCAAGAAGACGUUGCUGAAUUUCAAUAUGAAAUUUCAAGAUGAGCAUCUCUCGACAAUCUCUCAUGGGGAGAAGUUCCCGUAUUGUGGGACUCUUAUUGAUCCCCAGACACUGGAGAUCAGUCGAAAUCAUAACAAAGACCCUGAUAAUGGAAUCGCAAACUCCUUGACCGUGGAGUUUGGCCGGCUCCCUGGGCAAAACUUCGAGAAGAAGAUGCUCCAUGCCUUUAGAAUCCAGUCAAAACCCAUGUAUUAUGAUACUUCGCACAACUCAACGACCACCGUUCUGGAAUCUCUUUCUGGGGCUUUCUACGAGACCGCCCAGAAGAUGUCGGCAUAUAUUCAUUGCCUACCCAAAAGAAAGAGACCUAGCAAGCCCUUGAUCAUUCGUUCAAUCAUCAAGAUAGUCGAUGUUGCCUUUUCGCUCCUAACUGGAAAGUCGAGAAGAAUGCGACUCGACGGAUACUCUUGCGAUUUGAGAAAGGGACAAGUGUUCCGGACUGGGUAUCGAGCAUUCAUCGAGGUGCUAAGCAAGAGGCAGACGGCUUACGGAGAUGUCAUCAACUGGUUAAAAAAGGAGGUUGAGAGGAUCAACUCUACGGGGGGGAGUGGUAGCUCCAGUGCUAAACUAGAAAAGAGUCUAUGUACUUGA